AAUUGUAUUCAAGAUAAAACUGGUAAUAUGAAAUCUGGUAAAAAUAUUGGUCUUGAAUUUUGUGAUAAAAAUAAAAUUGAGAUAGAAAAGAACAAAUAUAAAGUGGUUAAAGAAAGUGUAAGAUAUAAUGAGACAGAAAAAUUAAUAAUGACAGAUAGAUUCGAUAAUAGUGAUAUAAGAUCAGAAAAACAGUUUGAAAAAAUAGUUCAAGAAAUUGAAGGUGACAUGGACAAUAGUAUUAAGAGUAGUAAACAAAGUAGCAUUGUAGAAGAGUGCAAAGUAAAUAAAGAUAGAAAAAAUAAAAAUAAUAAACCAAAUGAAAUAGUUAAUACAGCAAUAAUAAAUCUUCACAAACAAGCAAAAAAGAAGAAGAAAACUUACUUUUGUCUAGUAAUCAACUGGCCAGAAAGAUCGAAUGUAUAA